CUAUGGCAGAAGGUAAUGGUGAGGUACCGGAAGAACCAAUGAAAAUCGAACAGGACGCGGAUCGCACCGAAAACUACCAGAAGCUGCUUGAGUAUGGGCUCGACGAGAAGGUGUCGGCGAAAUUGGACGACAUCUACAAGACGGGCAAGCUGGCGCACGUCGAUUUGGACGAGCGCGCCUUGGACGCGCUCAAGGAGUUUCCGGUGGACGGGGCGCUCAACGUUCUCGGACAAUUUUUGGAUUCGAACUUGGAGCACGUGUCGAACAAAUCGGCCUAUCUGUGCGGCGUGAUGAAGACCUACCGGCAGAAGAGCAGGGCCGGUACGAGCGGGGCGGCGGGCGCCGCGACUCCCGCGCCCGCCCCCGUCAAGGGACCCGACGAGGGCAAGAUCAAACAGAUUAUGGAUAGGACCGGUUAUCCGUUGGACGUUACCACCGGUCAGCGGAAGUACGGCGGGCCGCCGCCGGACUGGGAGGGCCCGCCUCCCGGGUCCGGUUGCGAGGUGUUUUGCGGCAAAAUACCGAAGGACAUGUACGAGGACGAGCUGAUACCGUUGUUCGAGGACUGCGGCACCAUCUGGGACUUGAGGCUGAUGAUGGACCCGAUGACUGGUACGAAUCGCGGCUACGCCUUCGUGACGUUUACGACGCGCGACGCCGCCCAAAUUGCCGUCCAAAAGUUGGAUAAUCACGAAAUCAAACCUGGCAAGAAUUUGAAAAUAAACAUUAGCGUUCCGAAUCUGCGUCUUUUCGUCGGGAACAUACCAAAAUCGAAAGGCAAAGAGGAGAUCUUGGACGAAUUCGGUAAAUUAACAGCCGGCUUGAUGGAGGUGAUAAUCUAUUCGUCGCCCGACGACAAGAAGAAGAACCGAGGUUUUUGCUUUUUGGAGUACGAAUCGCACAAGGCGGCGUCGCUGGCGAAGCGUCGAUUGGGCACCGGCAGGAUCAAGGUGUGGGGAUGCGACAUCAUCGUCGAUUGGGCCGAUCCGCAGGAGGAACCCGACGAACAGACCAUGUCCAAAGUCAAGGUACUCUACGUUAGAAACCUGACGCAAGAAAUCACCGAAGAAAAAUUGAAGGAAGAAUUCGAACAGUACGGCAAGGUGGAGAGAGUUAAGAAAAUUAAAGACUACGCUUUUAUACAUUUUGAAGAUAGGGAUAAUGCCGUUAAGGCGAUGGAAUCGUUAGAUUCGAAAGAACUGGGAGGAUCGAAUAUCGAAGUGUCUUUGGCGAAACCUCCGUCUGAUAAAAAGAAGAAGGAAGAAAUUUUGCGAGCCAGAGAACGAAGAAUGAUGCAGAUGAUGCAAAUUAGGGGAGGAAUGAUGCCGGGAACGAUGCCUUUGCGAGGACCUCCGGGCCAAGGGGGGAGCGGCCCCCGGGGGACGGGCGUCAGAUCGGCGCCGAUGGGACGCGGCGAUUACGAUUACGAUUACGACUAUUACGGUUACGGGGACUAUAGAGGCGGCUACAGUGAUCCCUAUUACGAUGACUUUUACCGGUACGAAGAUUACUAUUACGAUUAUCAGCCGGCCCCAACGCCAGCGAGAGGAAGGGGGGGUCGGCAACCAGCACCGGAACUGGAUGAAGGAGUCACGACAGGUGUUUACUACGAUGUUAGCAGUGGAACACAGGCUGGCCGUGGGCGUGGGGUGGUGGCACGUGGCCGGGCCGGUGGCCCCCCAGCCCGUGGGGCGGCGGCCAACAGAGCGGGCCGGGGCGGAGCGGCAGGGGCCCGUGGGGCGGCGCGCCAAGCCGCUCGUGGAGUGGGCCGCGCCAAGGCAAGUUUACCAGCAGGUAAGCGAAAGUUCGACGGGGGUCACCAGAACCAGGGGGAGACGAAGCGCCGCUACCAGAGCACCUGGGGCAGCCAGCCCCUGACGCAACAGCCGCUGGCGGGGGCCGACCAGAACGGCGAGCAACACCAACAGCAUCAGCAACAGCAACAGCAGCCUUGGUACCAGGACUCGUACGGCUCGUGGAGCUAG